CCCGCGGGAUCCGGGCGGAACGGCUCCGGGCCAGCCUCUCCGGGGCUGUGCUAUGGGAUCAGGAGCUGGGACAGCCUCUCCGGGUUUGUGCUAUGGGAUCCCAGUGGAUCAGGAGCUGGGACAGCCUCUCCGGGUUUGUGCUAUGGGAUCCCAGUGGAUCAGGAGCUGGGACAGCCUCUCCGGGGCUGUGCUAUGGGAUCAGGAGCUGGGACAGCCUCUCCGGGGCUGUGUGGUGGGAUCCCAGUGGAUCAGGAGCCGGGACAGCCUCUCCGGAGCGGUGCGGUGGGAUCAGGAGCAGGGACAGCUCUCCGGAGCGGUGCGGUGGGAUCAGGAGCUGGGACAGCCUCUCCGGGUUUGUAGUAUAGGAUCCCAGUGGAUCAGGAGCUGGGACAGCCUCUCCGGAGCGGUGCGGUGGGAUCAGGAGCCGGGACAGCCUCUCCGGGUUUGUGGUAUAGGAUCCCAGUGGAUCAGGAGCUGGGACAGCCUCUCCGGAGCGGUGCGGUGGGAUCAGGAGCCGGGACAGCCUCUCCGGGUUUGUGGUAUAGGAUCCCAGUGGAUCAGGAGCUGGGACAGCCUCCCCGGGGUUUGUGCUAUAGGAUCCCAGUGGAUCAGGAGCCGGGACAGCCUCUCCGGAGCGGUGCGGUGGAUCAGGAGCCGGGACAGCCUCUCCGGAGCGGUGCUGCAGCUCUUCCUUCCUGGAAGGGCGCGGCGCAGUCACGGGGCUGCUCCCCGGCCGCCCCCGCCGCGGUGAGGCCACCCCGGGCGGGCACAGAA